GCGGCGCGCGGGAGCGGCGGGAUGGGGAUCCACGGCCUGGCCAAGCUGAUUGCAGAGGUGGCCCCGGGAGCCAUCCGGGAGCAGGACAUCAAGGCUUACUUUGGGAGGAGAGUGGCCAUCGACGCCUCCAUGAGCAUCUACCAGUUCCUGAUCGCGGUGCGGCAGGGGGCCGAGGUCCUGCAGAGCCAGGAUGGGGACACCACCAGCCACCUGAUGGGCAUGUUCUACCGCACCGUCCGCAUGGUGGAGAGCGGCAUCAAGCCCGUCUACGUCUUCGAUGGGAAACCCCCCCAGCUGAAGUCGGGGGAGCUGGCCAGGAGGACGGAGCGCCGGGCGGAGGCCGAGAAGCACCUGCAGGAGGCUCAGGAGGCUGGGGAGGAGAGCAACGUCGAGAAGUACAGCAAGAGGUUGGUCAAGGUGACCCAGCAACACACCGACGAGUGCAAGAAGCUGCUGACCCUGAUGGGGAUCCCCUACGUGGAGGCACCCGGGGAGGCUGAAGCCAGUUGUGCCACCUUGGUGAAGGCCGGGAAGGUCUACGCGGCUGCCACGGAGGACAUGGAUUGCCUGACCUUUGGCAGCCCUGUCCUGAUGAGGCACCUGACAGCCAGCGAGACCAAGAAGCUGCCCAUCCAGGAGUUCCACCUGAGCAGGAUUCUGCAGGACCUGGAGCUGAGCUGGGAGCAGUUUGUGGACCUGUGCAUCCUGCUGGGCUGCGACUACUGCGAGAGCAUCCGCGGCAUCGGGCCCAAGCGCGCCGUGGAGCUGAUCCGCGAGCACAAGUCCAUCGAGAGGAUCAUCCAGCAGAUUGACACCAAGAAGUACCCUCUGCCCGAGAACUGGCUGCACAAGGAGGCCCAGAAGCUCUUCCUGGAGCCUGACGUGGUGGACCCCGAGGCCGUGGAGCUGAAGUGGACGGAGCCCAAGGAGGAGCAGCUGGUGGAGUUCCUCUGCGGGGAGAAGCAGUUCAACGAGGAGCGGAUCCGCAACGGGGUGAAGAGGCUGAGCAAGAGCAGGCAGGGCAGCACCCAGGGCAGGCUGGAUGACUUCUUCAAGGUGACAGGCUCCAUCACCUCGGCCAAACGCAAGGAACCCGAGACCAAGGGCUCAGCCAAGAAGAAAGCCAAGACCACCAACUCCAAAGCCAAGAAGGGGAAGUAGCCGGAGAGGCCGACCACCGGCUCCCGCCGCUGGUUUUCCUGCUCAACCCACAAUUUUAGGCUAAUAACAAAGAGUUGCUUUUCUGUCCUGUGUGUUAGUGCUAGGAAAGGUGCUGCUGAAGGGCUUAGUGGAGCAGCCCCGUGUCUUCCCAGGGCUUGGGAGGAGAGCAGAGAGCUGAAACACCCCGGAGGGUCCCAGGGAGUCGUGUCCAAGGGACAGCGUUUAUCCAUUUAAAAUUCUGAGGAGGAGGCCACGGGGAGCAGAGGUGAUACCUGGGCUGGGGAGGGAGAGGGAGGAGGCACUGAUCACAAACACCUCCUGUGGUUCCAGAAAGAAAAAGUUCAAUCCCUGGGGAGUGAGGUGGGAAGAGAGAUUUCUGCCUGAUCAUCCAUCCAAAAAGAGGUGGAAGGAGCAGGGGCUGAGGGAGAAACUGGGGAGAGGGGAGUGGAAGGCAAGGCUGGGGUUGGGAAGGACUGGAAAUAAGGAGAGAAACACUCCCUUUAACAAGGUCUAGGGAUCAUUUCUCCUUUCCCUUUAUUGGAGUCACCAAACUCCCAAUUCCAGGGAAGUUUUGGCCCACUCUUCCUGCUGAGGACGAGCUGAGAUUGCAGCUCUCCAGGCUUGAGUUUUCCUGCUGGCUUUUGGCUCAUGGUUGAAAAAAUAAGACACAAAACCACCAUAAAACCUAGAACAGAAACCUCUUCACUCCCUGAUCCAUCCCCCUUCCAUGUUGUACAGGCAGGGACAGGGCCCAGCCUAAGAAUUAAAAAUAGAUAGUGCCUCUAUUCUUUUAUUUUUCCCCCCUUGUUUUAUUUCAUUCUGUGUUUUGCAUAGUCCUUGUCAAAGCCCUGGGCUGGGGUUUGUGUUCAGAAUAAAACUUAUCCACCAAAA